UUGGCACCAAUUGCUUAAACUCUAUAAAUAUUUUGAGACAGUUUAGAUAGCAAAACAAGCUUCAUAUAUAUAAAAAAGAAAACUGAAAAUGGGAGAAAUGAUGGAGAAGAUUGAGAAAGAUGAUAGAACUGAAGACUGCAAGAUUAACUACAGAGGAUGGAAAAUCAUGCCUCUUGUGAUAGGGAAUGAAACUUUUGAGAAGCUAGGAGCUGUUGGUACCACUUCCAAUCUUUUGGUCUAUCUCACUACUGUAUUCAACAUGAAGAGAAUUACAGCUGCUAACAUCAUUACUAUCUACAUGGGCACCACCAACUUGGCCACCUUGGGAGGAGCUUUCGUCUCUGACACCUAUUUUGGUCGCUACAAUACAUUGUGCUUUGGUACAAUAGCUUCUUUAAUGGGAUUACUUUUAAUAGACUUAACAGCAGCCAUUAAGAAGUUACAUCCCACUCAUUGUGGAGCAGGAGCAAGAGAGAGUCACUUAUGCAAAGGGCCAACAUCUGAUCAAAUGGCCUUCUUACUCGCCGGUUUUGGGCUAGUAAUAGUAGGAGCUGGCAGCAUCAGACCAUGUAACUUGGCCUUUGGAGCAGACCAAUUCAACCCCAGAACAGAAUCUCGAAAGAAGGGCAUUAACAGCUUCUUCAAUUGGUAUUUUUUCACCUUCACUUUUGCAAAGAUGGUAUCCUUGACAUUCAUUGUCUAUGUUCAAUCAAACAUAAGCUGGGCUUUGGGUUUAAGUAUUCCACCAAUUCUUAUGUUCAUCUCCACUCUACUCUUCCUUGUGGGUUCCAAAUUUUAUGUCAAAGUAAAAGCUAGUGGAAGUCCAAUAUCAAGUCUAGCACAGGUCAUUGUGGUUGCUUCUAAGAAAAGAAGACUGGAACUACCAGACCGGCCAUGGAUAUCACUCUAUACCUAUAUGCCUCCCAAAUCCAUCAAUUCCAAUCUUCCUUACACAGACCAGUUCAGAUUUCUGAACAAAGCAGCAAUAGUGACUCCAGAAGACCGAUUAAACCCAGACGGAUCACCAUCUCAUCCUUGGAGACUUUGCAGCCUACAACAAGUGGAAGAAGUGAAGUGUCUAAUGAGAGUUUUACCAAUAUGGUUAACAGCUAUGGUUUACCAUGUUGCCAUUGUCCAACAGCAAACUUAUGUUGUUUUCCAAGCCCUUCAAUCCAACAGACACAUAGGAAAUAUCAGCUUUGAGAUUCCAGCUGCAUCCUACACUGUCUUCACCAUGCUCAGCAUGACUUUGUGGAUACCUUUGCACGACAGAAUCAUUGUCCCCUACUUCCAAAGAGUUAGAAGAAAAGAAGGUGGAGUAACUCUCCUUGAGAGGAUAGGCAUAGGCAUCUUCCUCUCCAUCCUCACCUCACUAGUAUCCGGCAUGGUUGAAAAUCGACGAAGAACUACAGCUCUAACUAAGCCAGCUAUUGGAUUCAAUCCAAGAAGAGGUGCCAUUUCAUCUAUGUCAGCCUCUUGGUUAAUCCCUCAACUCCUGUUAGCUGGUCUAACUGAGGCAUUCUCAGCUAUCGGCCAAGUCGAAUUCUACUACAAGCAAUUCCCUGAGAACAUGAGAAGCAUUGCUGGGUCUCUCUUCUUUUGUGGCUUGGCAGGCUCAAAUUACUUGAGCAGCUUCUUGAUAACAAUAGUUCACCGAACUACUGAGGGGUCUGCCAAUGGGAAUUGGUUGGCUGAAGAUCUUAACAAGGGCAGAUUGGACUACUUCUAUUACAUGGUAGCUGGUUUAGGAACUGUGACUUUGGGCUACUUUUUAGUGUGUGCUAAGUGGUACAAGAACAAAGGUUCCGGAGGAAUUUCCAUUGAAGUGACUAAUAUGACUCGGUAACUUGUAGUUUGAUAGUUAAGGCCAUAGAUUCAUGGUAUGUAAUUUGGCAACAUUCCGAGUCUCUUAGAAGAUGGUGUGCGAAAAUGGUGAAUUGGGCUAUAGAAUGUCAAGAAUAAGGUUUCAUCUGAAGCUGUGUUUGCAGCUCAUUUGCUAGUUAAUUGUCAUUUGUCCAAUCCAAAGGGACACACUAGCACUGUCCACGCCUUACAGUACUGACUUUGCUUUUGCCUUUUUUCUCAUUUUCUUGACUCAAAUAAAACCUGCCAAGUGUUCAUUUGACUUAUCUAUGACCAGGUUUGAAUCCUUUGAUGUUAAUAAAAAAAACUAAUUUAUUUAGAAAAUCACAACCAACUUUCAAAGAAAUACAGUAUAAGAACUUCUCCAGCAUGGGGGAAAAAUUAAUGCAAAAGGCUCUUAAAGGGCAAAAAGGAGAGGGAAAGAAAAAAAAAAGAAAUAUAGAAUGAUUUAGAUUAAGAGCUAAUGAAAAGUGAACAGAACAGAAAGCAGAG